AAGAAAAAAGGAGAAAAAAGAUAAUCCUUUUGGGGGAGGGGAGAUGAUCGUGCUGAUGUGGAAUAAGUGCUCCUGCUGUCUCCUCUUACUAGCCGCGGUCCUGAUCGUGGAGAGCUCCCAGCUAGACAGCUCCAGCUCCAAGGUGAACUCCAUCAAGUCCACCCUGAUGGGGGAGGCUCCCACUCAGGCAACCAACAGAUCUGCAGGCAUCCACCAGGGACUGAUGCUUGCUAGCAGUAAGAAGGGCAAAAUGCUAGAGCAGAUGGGAAAACCUUCCAAGCACUAUCACCGGCAAGGAGAGGCCUAUCCUUGCACUAAUGACAAGGAAUGCGAAGUUGGGCGAUACUGCCACAGCCCUCACCAAGCCACGUCUGCGUGCAUGAUGUGCCGGAGGAAGAAGAAGCGCUGCCACCGGGACGGGAUGUGCUGCCCCGGGAACCGCUGCAACAACGGUAUUUGCAUACCAGUAACUGAAAGCAUCCUUACUCCUCACAUCCCUGCUCUAGAAGGGCCACGCAACAAGAAGAAUGGUCAUUAUGCGAGCAAGGAUUUGGGAUGGCACAACCUGGGGAGGCCCCGAUCCAAGCUGUCACACAUAAAGGGACACGAAGGCGAUCCCUGCCUACGGUCAUCAGACUGUAUUGAGGGACACUGCUGUGCUCGCCACUUCUGGACCAAAAUUUGCAAGCCUGUGCUGCAUCAGGGGGAGGUGUGCACCAAACAGCGCAAGAAAGGGUCCCAUGGACUGGAGAUUUUCCAACGAUGUGACUGUGCCAAGGGUUUGUCUUGUAAAGUAUGGAAAGAUGCCACCUCCUCUUCUAAAUCAAGACUUCAUGUGUGCCAGAAGAUCUGAGUGAGGAUUGGGAAGAUAUUAUUAAGUGACUGUGGCUUUAUGUGCUUAAUGCAUUAUGGCAUGGCAGAAAAAGGGGACUGCAAAUGAAAGUGGAAUGGCUAAAGUGACAGAGUAUGAGUAGAAGUCACACCAAAUGCAUUUCUUUUUGAGCUCGUGGUAAACACAAGUGUAGCUGGAGUUCACUUACCACGUGGUUUUCCUGUAAAUAAUUCUACAGUUUGUGGGAAAUGCUAGUAUGCAAACAAGUAGAGUGGAAAUGAAUGUCACUUACCUUGCUGUGUUGUCCCAUGAUGUUUCAGGGGUUCAGUGUUAGGGCUACAGUGGGUCUACAGUGUGGUAAGCAUUUUCUACAGAAAUUGUAUACAUUGUACUCCUAUAGGAAGCAGUGCACG